AUGCUGAUCAAGUUUAAUACUGACUUACUAAUAACACUAUCAUGUUCUUAAAAAGAUGGAAAUAUUAUUCAUUCACUAUUCCAGAAGAUGGUUUCAAAACUAUAUUAGUUGAGACAUUCAAUUCUGAAUGAAUCAUUUACAAUAAGCUUUUAUGCAAAUUCUAAUUAUGCAGCUAGGAAACUCUAAUACACCUUUUAUUUUGAAUUUUCUCUGACUAUUGAGAAAAAAUAUUGAGCUGCAUUUGAAAUACCAUUCAAACCUUUGAGUUAUCAAUCCACUAUAAAUUGCUCAAUGUUUUGAAGCUGCUAAAAAAAGGCUGAUACAUAAGUGAUUCACUAAUUCUACAUGUACUGCAUAUGGGGUACAUGAUCUUUAAAUGACCAAUUUGUCUUCUUAUAUGUUAUUAAAACAAAUGGAAUGAUUGAUUAGUAUUUG